UGGAAAUUGUCACUUUAAGCAACAAGAGGGUUGGAUUCAAGGUCGCAUCAAAAUUUGAUGAAUAAUCCCCGUUUUCUCACUACCAUGAUUUAACAGAAACCAAAAAAAAAAAAAAAAAAAAAAAAACCAGCAACAGCAAUCUAAAAAUGAAAUACAACAGCAAAUCUUGAGUUUUACUUGCCUACUGCAUUAUUAGCCAUGCCAUCCUCUCCUAAAUUCCUGAAUUCUCGGCAUUUCAAUUCAUCAACUACGUCUUCCCCCAGAUCAACGAUUGUGAUGCUCUCAUGUCUCUUCAUUGGCAUCUCCGGUUUUAUAUACGGACUCAUUGCUCCUUCCGCAGGCUACCGUUGCUCCUACUCCGUUUCUGAACCUCGAUCUGUCCGCGUACAGUGGGAUAAUAACAACAACGACGCUACACUCUCAAAUGCCGCAGCUAAAAACAGACACAAAGUAAUGGGCUUUGUCGGCAUUCAAACUGGAUUCAGCUCUGUUGGCCGUAGACAAUCCUUGAGAAAGACUUGGAUGCCCUCCGAUCGCAUUGCCCUUCAACGGUUGGAGGAAUCUACUGGUUUGGCAUUCAGGUUUAUAAUUGGUAAAGCUAAUGAUAAAUCAAAGUUGGCAAUGCUCAGAAAAGAAGUUGCAGAAUAUGAUGAUUUCCUGCUAUUAGAUAUUGAGGAACAGUACAGCAAGCUCCCCUAUAAAACUUUAGCAUUCUUUAAAGCUGCAUAUGCACUUUUUGAUGCUGAGUUUUAUGUCAAAGCCGACGAUGACAUUUAUUUGAGGCCAGAUCGACUGUCAAUACUCUUGGCAAAAGAGCGGUCCCACUCCCAAACUUACCUUGGAUGCAUGAAAAAGGGGCCUGUUUUCACUGAUCCAAAGCUCAAAUGGUAUGAACCGCUAUCCUAUUUGCUUGGGAAGGAGUACUUUCUCCAUGCUUAUGGCCCAAUCUAUGCUCUUUCGGCUGAUGUGGUUGCAAGUUUAGGUGCUCUUAGAAAUGACAGUUUUCGGAUGUUCAGCAAUGAAGAUGUUACUAUUGGUGCUUGGAUGCUUGCAAUGAAUGUUAACCAUGAGGAUAAUCGAGCACUAUGUGAACCAGAGUGUACGCCAACAUCAAUUGCUGUGUGGGAUAUUCCCAAGUGUUCAGGGCUCUGUAGUCCUGAGACCAAAUUAUUGGAGCUCCAUCAGAAGGUUACCUGCUCGAAUAGCCCAACAGUGGUAUCUGACGAUUAGUUUUUUUGUCUCAUUUUUCUUCCAAAUGUGUGAGAUUCAUGAAACAUUUAGAAGAACUGCUCACUGCUUCAAGUCUGUUGUGCUGCCAUCAGAUACGUCUAAUCAUUUCCUUUUCUUCCAUUUCAUUUUUUUUCUGCUACCCACUUUUAUUAGUUAUUAUUUCCUGUAAUCAUCGUUGUUCCAUUCUUGUAGAUUAGAAAAAGUGGAAUUUUGCACAAGUGCCUUAAUUUUGUAGUUAGUUAGAAGAGUUUUAGAAUUUAGGAGAAGAGAAAUGAUGAGAGUGAUUACCCCUGUAAACUUACAAUCCUUAUCAAACAUACAAGUCCAUUAUUCUUUUGUGCC